AUGAUUGAGAGUGGGAUGGAUCUGGCGCUGCUGGGGCGCGAGGACCUACGUGAACUGGGGCUUAGCAUGGUGGAGGCCUCCAAGGUCCUCAACUGGUCGCAGGUCGUCCGGUCAAGACCGCUUCCUCCAGAGCAGAACCUGGUGCGCUUAUCCUCAGAUCUCCCCUUGAGCCCUUGGCAUGGAGCAAAGGUGAAGACCGCCAAGUCGACACCUUCCAUGAGCCCCUGGGCGGAAGUCGAGGUCCAGGCCGAAGAGCAACGUCUGGAUGAGAUUGAAGGUCAAGUGGAUUUUUGGGUCAGCUGCUUUGCCUCCGGCCUGCAGUGCACUCCCAUGCUUUCCACCGGCCUGGAGUCCUUACAGGAGGAUGUGCGAGAAAACAUUUUGGAGGCCUUCUUUGAUUGCACCCCUGAGCGGGUGCGAGAGGUCUUUGUGAGCAUGGACACGGACAAUGAUGGUCACGUCUCGGUGGAGGAGUUGCGUGUGGGGCUGCAGCGCUGUGGGAUCUCAGGUUUCGACAACCAGACCUUGGCCACCGUCUUUGAGCACGUCACCGGGGCUGGAAGGCGAAGGGCCUUGCACCUCCAAGCCUUCGAAACGAUUUUGUGUCGACUGCGCCUGGCGAGUCUACUCACCCGACCCUGGAAACCGAAGAGUUUAUCUGUGAUGGACUUCAAUGCCAGUAAAGUCAGCGACGCGGAGGUGACCUCAGACAACAUGUGUCAAUUCUUCUUCGGCCAUCGACUUUGCUCUGAUCGCUUGGCAGUGCUGCCUGCUGGAGAUGUCCUCGUGAGGUGGGUGCACAUGGCGAGUUUUGAUCUCAAUUUGCUUUUCGCACUGACGGUGAAGUAUACCUUGCACCCCCUCAGUGUGGAGGAUGUCAUUGAGCAGUGCCAGACCAAGAUCGAUCGACUUGGAGGUCACUACUUCUUGACCAUUGAGCUCUUGACGCUGGUGGACGGCGGCUUGAGCAAAGGCCGCCAACCCGUGCGUGUCCGAGGGCAACACGUGGCUGCCUUCUGUUCUGGCCCUCCCCAGCUCGACACACUCAUCACUGUCGCGCAGGUCUUGAAGCAGCACACCAAGAAGAAGCAGAGGUAG